UGGGAAUAUUUUAUGGUGUUCAAUCUAGUUAGUUAUCUUUGUAUUUGUGUAGUUAUUAAUUAAUCGUGUAAUACGGGCCACAAAUGUGUAUCAGCCCGUGGGCUUCCUUGUAACCCGUAAGUUAGCCAACUUCUCCUAUAAAAGGAGGCUAACUUACGGGAACCUAAACUAUAGAGAGAGGCUUAGAGACGCAGAGGCGUAGAGAUAGAGAGAAAUUAGGUUGCCGCUGCUCUCCUUCUCCAGGGAGAGUAGCGGCAGAUUCAUACGGACCGGCCCCAGUGCGUAGACCUUCAGCCUUCAAUAGGUUAGGGGAUGCGGACCGUCGGCCAGCAUCGGAGAGGCUGGCUGGAAGGAUGGGUCAACGUGAGCCUGUCUCAUCGAGGGAGAGCUUUGGGUCCGUAUCCCGGACAACGGAUCGGCCCCGUCUUCACAAAGGCAAAGGCAAGCUACACGAGGAGGACGCACGCCACCACAUCAAUGCGGCUCGUAACCAGGCCCAAGGUGUCAUUCCUACGGCCAACUCAUCGGGGAAUCCCGGCUUUGACGCCCUCAUGAACAAACUCAGUGCUCUGGAGAGAGAAUUCGUUGAGGAGCGCGGUGACCCCAUCAUCCAGGUCAGGACCAAGACCCCCUUCACCACCAGGGUGCUCUCGGCCCCAAUACCCGAGAAAUACCGGGGAAGCACUAUGAAGCCGUAUGACGGCCGCACCGACCCCCAGGAACAUUUCAACCGAUAUCAAAACAACAUGCUGAUGGUCAAUGCAUCUGACGAAUAUUUAUGCCGUUGGUUCCUCUCCACUCUCGAGGGACCGACGUACGAAUGGUUCAACGCGUUGCCCGAGGGGAGCAUAGACUCAUGGCAAGAUCUUGCCCAACGCUUCCUCACCCAUUUCGCCGGAAGGAAGCGCGCGAAAAAGCACUUCUCCCACCUCCUCUCCGUCAAGCAACAGCCUAACGAAACACUUCGGUCCUUCAUUGACCGGUGGAUGAAGGAGACAAAUGAGGUCGAGGGCGCCGACAAGCGUACCCUCCUCGUCCUCUUCCAGGGGGGUCUUCGCAUCAGCCCCUACGCACUGAGCCUCAUCACCGACCCCCCAAGAUCAUACCUCAAAGCAAUCCAGCGGGGGAGCCUAUACGCCGACGCCGAUGACCUCCACUCCUUCAAGAAGGACGGAGGCCAGCCCUUGAAGAAGACAAACAACACGCCGGCCCUGAAUGCGCCCUCGGUCAGGGCCCGAGACCAAGGAAGCCACACCCAGCAUGUGAC